AUGUUGGAUAUUACCUUGUUUAUUGAGGAAAAGGGUGGCAACCCAAAGUUAAUAAAAAAGUCCCAAGAAGCUCGUGGAGCACCAGUCGAAAUUGUCGAUGAAAUCAUUGCUGAUUAUAAGGAAUGGGUUAAAACAAGAUUCGAGCUUGAUGAAAUCAACAAGAAGUUAAAUAAGGUUCAGAAGGAAAUUGGUCUCAAGUUUAAGAACAAGGAAGAUGCUUCGGAAUUGCUUGCUGAGAAGGAAAAGCUAACUGAAGAGAAGAAAGAUAUGAUAGAAAAAGAACAAACUCAAGAUAAGGAAUUAAGAGAAAAAGUCAACAAGGUUGGGAACAUUGUGCAUCCAUCUGUUGUUGUUUCUAAUGAUGAAGCUAACAACGAAUUGGUUCGUAGCUGGAAGCCAGAAGGUUUGACUGAAGUUGGAAGUAAUGCCUCCUGUACUGGUCAUGAAGCGAAGUUAUCUCAUCAUGAGGUGUUGCUAAGGUUGGAUGGGUACGAUCCUGAGCGUGGUGUGAAGAUUUCUGGCCAUAGAGGAUAUUUCUUUAGAAACUACGGUGUUUUCUUGAACCAAGCUUUGAUUAACUAUGGUUUGUCUUUCUUGGCUUCAAAGGGUUACUGUCCAUUACAGGCUCCAGUAAUGAUGAACAAGGAAGUUAUGGCUAAGACUGCCCAAUUAUCUGAAUUUGAUGAGGAAUUAUACAAGGUUAUGGAUGGUGAUGAUGAGAAGUAUUUAAUUGCUACUUCAGAGCAGCCAAUUUCCGCUUACCACUCCGGUGAAUGGUUUGAAAAACCUCAAGAGCAACUACCAGUGCGUUACGUCGGCUACUCUUCUUGUUUCCGUAGAGAAGCAGGUGCCCACGGUAAGGAUGCAUGGGGUGUGUUUAGAGUCCAUGCCUUUGAAAAGAUCGAGCAAUUCUGUAUCACUGAGCCUGAGAAGUCUUGGGACGAGUUUGAUAGAAUGAUCGAAAUGUCAGAAGAGUUUUACAAGUCCUUAGGUAUACCAUACCGUGUUGUUGGUAUCGUAUCAGGAGAACUAAACAAUGCCGCAGCCAAGAAGUACGAUCUUGAGGCAUGGUUCCCAUACCAAAAAGAAUACAAAGAGUUGGUUUCCUGUUCUAACUGUACCGACUACCAAUCACGUAAUCUAGAAAUUAGAUGUGGUAUCAAAAAGAUGGGUGACAGGGAAAAGAAGUAUGUCCACUGCUUGAACUCCACUCUUUGUGCAACUCAAAGAGCGCUAUGCUGCGUCCUUGAAAACUACCAAACUGAAGACGGUUUGAAGGUUCCAGAAGUUUUAAGGAAAUACAUACCUGGUGAACCAGAGUUCAUUCCUUUCUCCAAAGAGUUGCCAAAGAACUCAACUUCGAAUAGGAAAAAGAACUAA